CUUGACUUAUGGCAUGCUCGCUUUGCUCACAUCAGCCUCGACAACCUCCACUACCUUGCACGGCACAAUCUUGUGACGGGCAUGGACCUUCAAGGCAAUGGUGACCUCCCACCCUGCAACAGAUGUGCGAAAGGGAAGCACCCCCAGGCUCCCUUCCCAUCUACAGCAACCCGGGUGAAGAAGACCCUCGAAUGCAUCCAUAUGGAUCUCCAAGGCCCACUGGACAAAUCCAUCCAAGGCUAUCUCUACACCCUCGCUGUCGUUGACGACCAUAGUCGAAAAGGACUG